GCACAGAGGGCUGCCUCACUGACUGGCUCUAUAGACAUCUCUCUCCCUCUUUCUCGCUAUCCAACCUUCACUUCUCUUCUUUAUCCAUGGACUACAGCGACUAAAUGGAAACGUAGCGACUUUUUAGAAGAAGUGCGUUUGUUUUGUUUCUCGUCAAUCUAUGGAUUUCUAAGUAUGUUUUAUAAUGAUUCUCUUUCACCAAGUCAACAGUGAUAUGUAUUCAGCUGCGUGAAUUUUCUUGUCCAACCUGGAUGCUUGUUUCUCAGUUCUAGCUCUGACUUUUUCCUCUGCAUCUCAGAUCAGGGCUUUGGUAUGAGUGGUGUGGUUUUGGGCACCAGAGUUGAUACAGACUACUGAGGUAUCUAGUAAUACCUUCUGAUUCCCGGAGAUCUCCAGAGAUCUACAUAAUCUCUCUCUUCAUCAUCUCUGAUUCCUCUGGGCAGAGGUGACAGACUGUUGAAGGGUGACUGCUGAGGUCUACCUGGUGGUAGCCCCUUGGAUCCAGGGGGAACUCCACCCAUCCACCUCUCCACCCUCCCCCUACUUUCUCUUCCUCUUUACAUGCUGGUCCCUCUCUCACCAUGUUCACCAGGAUCUUCAUCCCCAAGAAGCACCGGCAGCGGUUUGACGAGGCCGUUUCCCAGAGCCUGAUCCAGAGGAUCUGUCGCAGUAAGAGCAUCAGCGAGCCGGGCCCACAGGGCCGUCUGAGACGUAGCCGCAGCGAGGACCACCCCGACCGCCACUACGGCUCCAAACGGGCCAGCUCAGUACCCCGGGACCCCGGGGAGGACAGAGGGGGAAAGGAGAGAGGAGAGAGGGGGUACAGGAAGUCUAUGUCGGGCAUACCUGUGCAUCAAUCAGGAGCCAAUCAGAGCCUCCAUGCUCCCCCUAGGACAGUAAGGGUUUACAGAGGGAAGAAGAGUUUUGGGUUCACCCUGAGGGGGCAUGCCCCUGUCUGUAUCGACUCUGUCAUCCCAGACAGCCCUGCUGAAGACUGUGGUCUCAAACCAGGCGACCGCAUCCUUUUCCUCAAUGGGCUGGACAUGAGGAACUGUUCCCAUGAGAAGGUGGUGUCCAUGCUGCAGGGCAGUGGUGCCAUGCCAACCCUGGUGGUGGAAAGCGGCCCCUCUGGUUACUCCCUCCCUGACCAGGGGGACCAGGAGGACACUUCCCCAAGCGUGGCCCCUUCAGUGGCCCCAAGGUCCCGCUCCCCGGUCCCCCUCAGCUCUCUACAGUGGGUGGCUGAGAUCCUCCCCCCCAGCAUCAGGGUCCAUGGACGCACCUUUAGCCAGCAGCUGGAUCACCUGCUCACCGUGCAGGAGAGAUACACCAUCUGCAAGGCCCUGGAGACCUUCUUCCAACACAGGAACGUGGACACCCUGAUUGUUGAUGUGUUCCCGGUGUUGGACACUCCAGCCAAGCAGGUGAUCUGGCAGUUCAUCUACCAGCUGCUGACCUACGAGGAGCAGGAACACUGUCAGAGCAAGAUCUCACGCUUCCUGGGCUUCAAGACCGCAGGGAACCGUAAAUCAGGAUUGUCUCUGACAUGGAAGGAGCCUCUGCCCGACCCUCUGUAUGAGUUCUAUCAUGAGGGAACCACCCCGUCUCCCGGCAGCGUUGACUCCAACCCUUACGUGAGCCUGGAGAGCCCCCCUCCGUCUCCCCAGCACUCUGAUGACCCCACCAGCCCCCUGUCCAGACGCAGGAAGCUCUUCACCUUCUCCAGACCCCCCCGGAGCAGGGACACGGACAAGUUCCUGGACGCUCUGAGCGAACAGCUGGGACACCGUGUCACUCUGGUGGAUAACUUCCUCCCUGGAGAGAACGAUUAUGAGGAGAUGAGUUUCCAGGAUGAGCAGGAAGUGAGCUACCUCCCCCGCCAGCUGAGCAGUGCCAGCAGUGAGGACAUCAGCAGCAACGAUGACGCCACCUCCCUCACCUACUCCUCCGGGUCAGAACACAUCCCCCCCCACCCUUCCCCACCCCCCCUACCCCCGCCACCAUUCGGCUUCUCCGACCCCCUCCCCAUUACCUCGGUCCUCUCUCGCUUUUCCCCCGAACACAUCCCCCGGGCGCGCAUGUCCUUCCAGCCGCAGCACCCCAUCAUCCCCCCUCCCCCGCCCCCUCCACGGACCUUCACGUACAACAGGCCGACCCUACACAAGUUGCUGCCGACCAGGGAUGAACUACAGGGCCGUUUCCACCACCAAGCACCCCAGAUGACUCUCCCCCUGGCCCCUUGCUACUCUCCCCAGCCCUCUCGCCCCAGGAACCUGCCCCGCCAGGCCAGCCAGCCUCAGCCCCUGACCCAACCCAUCCUGUGUCCCCAGCCCUCCCCUCAGCCCAACAGGCAAAGCCAGCUCGCCCUCCAGAGACACCACCAGCUUCACCACCAGCCCUACCAGCCCAGGCUGAGCCACCAGCCCUACCAGCCCCAGCUGAGCCACAGCCUGCCCCCCCAGACCCCACACCUGUCUCAGCCCCAGAGUCACCCUCUCCAGCCCCCUCACCUGUCCCAGUCUCAGAGUCACCCCCCCCAGCCCCCUCACCUGUCCCAGCCCCAGAGUCACCCCCCCCAGGCCCCUCACCUGUCCCAGCCCCAGAGUCACCUUCCCCAGCCCCUUCUCUCAAAGACCUACGAGACCCCUGUCUCAGUGUCAGAGCUCCAGAAACACAAGGUGCCCCCACCGCCCCCUCCACCACUUCCGCCCCCGUGCGACCCGCCUCCACUGCCCAAUUCCAGUCCCUGUGCUGGGGACACCAACCACAUGAGUGUCAAGAGGCUACGCUGGGAGCAGGUAGAGAACUCUGAGGGGACCAUCUGGGGACAGCUUGGAGAGGACCCUGACUAUGACAAACUGAGUGACAUGGUGAAGUACCUCGAUCUAGAGCUGCACUUUGGUACCCAACAGAGUUCCAAGCCAGCCUUCCUGCCCGAGAGCUUCAAAAAGAAAGAUGUGGUGGAGAUUCUGUCUUAUAAGAAGGCCUACAACGCCUCCAUCCUGAUCGCCCACCUGAAGCUGUCUCCUGGUGAGCUGCGUAAGGUGCUGAUGACAAUGACCACAGACAGGCUAGAGCCGGCCCACAUCAAGCAGCUGCUGCUCUACGCCCCCGAUGACCAGGAGGUCAAACAGUAUCAACGCUUCGACCAGGACUCCGCCAAACUCAGCGACCCUGACCAGUUUGUCCUGCAGAUGCUGAUGGUCCCUGAGUAUAAGACUCGUCUGCGGAGCCUCCAUUUUAAGACGACCCUGCAGGAGAAGACAGAGGAGAUGAAGGCUGGAUACGAAUGUAUCUACAAGGCCUCAGUGGAACUCAGGAGCAGCAAGAAACUGGCCAAGAUCCUCGAGUUUGUGCUGGCAAUGGGGAAUUACCUGAAUAAUGGUCAACCCAAGACGAACAAAACCACUGGCUUUAAGAUCAACUUUCUCACUGAGCUCAGCACCACUAAAACAGUGGAUGGUAAAUCCACCUUCCUCCACAUUCUUGCCAAAUCGCUAUGCCAACACUUCCCAGAACUGCUGAACUUUGCCAGGGACCUCACAACCGUACCACUCGCAGCCAAAGUGAAUCAGCGAAUCCUGACAGCUGAGCUGGGUGACCUCCACUCCACCAUCCAGGACAUCAGGACAGCGUGUCAGAUGAUCCCUGCCACGGCUGAGGACCACUUCGCUGCUGUCAUGAGUGGCUUCCUGGAGAACAGUCACCCAGCGGUUCAGUCUCUGGACUCUCUGCAGCUGAGAGCCAUGGAUGAGUUCACUAAGGUGGCUUCUUACUUCGGAGAGGACAGCAAAGCCACCUCCACUGAGGCCUUCUUCGCCAUUUUCGCUGAGUUUACUUCCAAGUUUGAGAAAGCACUGAAUGAGACCCAGGCUACAGAGAACCCCUGUAUCCCCAGAGUGGCCUCUCCCCUGGCCUGGUAGAGAUGAGAGACUGGAUAACCCCUCUGCUCUCCUCAACCAAAGUGCCAAGACAACACAAAGAAACAGUCACAGCUACUGGGACACAAACAACAUGAUCUUCAACACUGCGGAAUGACCUAUGGCCAGGAGUUCUUCCUGAACAUGUCAUCUGACCAGAAAGAACUCUGAGCCCUAGGGCCCACAGUUGUCCCUGGUAAGGUCAAGUGGUACAAGAAAUUAGUAAUGAAGAUUAAUAUGUUUAGAUAAGAGUAUAUAUUUGAUAUUGGAUUAUAUGAAAUUGAAAUUAUAUUGAAAUUGUAAAGCAUAGAUGUAUAUGGAAAUGACAUUUUAGAUGGCUGAUAGUCAAACGUAUAUGAAUGUUAUCUAGAGCUGAGCACUAUUUUCACAGAUGGACUUGAUCUGAAAAGUGCACAACACCAGAAACUCAAAUUCCAUUCACACACACUCACUGCCUCUUAGAUUAUGUGAUGAUAGAACGCAGUAUUAACCUACCAAGAAUCAUUACAUUGGCAUGACAAUAGUACUGUGAAUUAUUAUUUUAAAAAUUAGAAGCUUUCUGGUGUCAACGUACCUGCAGUCAUCCUGACGUACCUGCAGUCAUCCUAACGUACCUGCAGUCAUCCUGGCGUUUGGCAUUUCAAAAGUUCCACUCGGCAGGGGAAACAAAAAAUAAUGCCAGACUCCUGCGGGUUUUAAGUGUUUUAUAGUAUGAUGAACCACAUGAAAUAAGAGGGUUAACCCACCGGGGCUAGUAUAUGGAUAGCUGAUAACAGAAAGACAUCCAUUCAUUUUAGCAUUGAGUGGUCUUGGCAGCUCUUACUGUCACUGUGGUUGUUAUUGAUGAACCGUCCAUCUCUGCCAUAAAUUCACCUGAAUUUGUAUCUUGUUUUAGAACAAAUGUUCACUUUUUUUCUGAUGUUAAUUUAAAGCUGUUUUGAUGGUAUUACUUUAAUACUAUACGUGUUUCUACUUUCCCUCCAUAAUUCCCUUUUACAUUGGAAUUUCAGUCAGAGCUGCCAUCAUGAAAAUACAGAUGUAUUUAUUUACAGACCUGUCGUACCAGGCAAUUUGUCAUCAUGUUCAAGAAGACACUGCAACACAUUUAAAUAUUGCCCCUGGUGCAGUACAGUGUUGACAACUGUCCGAAGCAUUUGCAUGUUUGUAUAGGUGUUGUUUUGUGUUAUAUCUGGAUUUGUUUACUUUUAUUAUAUUCUGACAAAUUGGGUCUGAAAUGUAGGCCUAUUAUAACAUUUGGUCGAUUGAAGUUUAUUGUUAAUUUAUUGAAAUGUUCAUUUUGUAAACGUGUGUUUUAUAUGUUUUCAUUGAUAUUAUUGGAGUACUUUGUAUAGUUAAAAAAAUAUUGACUUUUUAUGUUGGCCAUGUGGUUGCUUCUGGAUCAGUUGUAUUUGGAUCUGUAAAAAAAAAACCAUGAAUGCUUGACAAAUAAAUCUGCCUGAUACCCUCGA